UAGUUAUUUCAUCGCUGUUCUUCGCGCGAGCUCCCCGCAGACCCGCGCGCUGACUAUUUGGACCGUUCAGGGACUCAAACACGAACCGUGUUACUAAACUGAGGAUUUCCCCAUUUUAACCUAAAAUAUCUGCUUAUAUGAGCCUGGAUUUUACUUACUAACGAAUUAACUGCACACGGGCUGCGGGUAUUGCAGGUUUCUGCGUUUUUAACUCGUGCUCUUUGCCUAGAAGUGGACGGCGUGGUUUUUGAGAUAAACAGACCCACAAAAUGGCAACAGACGAGCUGUCAAUGAAGCUGAACCGCCGGCUGCAGAUCGAAGACGGUGCUCAGGAUCCUGUAGCCGUGGACGAAACUCACGAAAACGGGGCUCAUGACAAGCCGUCCACAGCGAGCGCCGACUCGGAACUGGAGGCGAAGCUGAUGCGUCGCGGCGAGCUGAACGAAGGGGUGGGAGAGCACCAGCAGCCCAGCAUGAAGGUGUUCAACCCCUACACCGAGUUCAAGGAGUUCUCCAGAAAACAGAUCAAAGACAUGGAGAAAAUGUUCAAACAGUAUGACUCAGAGAAGGACAACUUUAUCGACCUGAUGGAGCUGAAGCUGAUGAUGGAGAAACUGGGGGCUCCACAGACUCACCUGGGCCUGAAGAACAUGAUCAAAGAGGUGGAUGAGGACUUGGACGGCAAACUCAGCUUCAGGGAGUUCCUCUUGAUCUUCAGGAAGGCGGCAGCAGGGGAGCUGGCCGAGGACAGUGGGCUGCAUGUCUUGGCACGUCUCUCUGAAAUCGACGUGUCCACUGAGGGAGUGAAAGGAGCAAAGACCUUUUUUGAAGCCAAAGUCCACGCCAUUAAUGAAUCGAACCGUUUUGAAGCGGAGAUCCGUAACGAGCAGGAGGAGAAGAAACGGCAAGCAGAGCAGAAGAAACAGAGACAAGCGGCAUUCAAAGAGCUGCAGUCAGCCUUCAAAUGACCGCCUUCGCUAGAAGAGCCCAGCCUAAACCAUCCCCCUCCUCACCCUUACUGUCUGUCUGCCUGACUGUGUUUCGUUUAUCAGAGCGCCCUUAGCAGAGAUACUAUGCAAGGCUUUUAGAGGUGUCUGUUCACUUCCUGAGAGAGGGGUCAGAGCAUAGUUAAUGACUGUAAGUAGCGUAUAGUAACUUGAGUCCUUACAGAUGCUCUUCUCUUAUGGAUGUUGAACUUGCAGCCCUCUGAAGCACUUAUCUGCCUACAUUGGACUGGAUGUGUCACUCGGCUCAUUUGUACUCUUUUCUUAUAUUUUAGCACACGCAUCUGCAUGUGUGAGAAAGCUUUUUCACCUCACUUGGGUCCUGUUCUUAAUGUUGUUAAAGUGCACCAGGGUAUAUACAUUUUAAAGGAAGUUUGAACUUGUUUUAAAUUUUUAACAGUUUUUGAAAUGCAAAUUGUUGAAUGAUAUCGCUGCAUCCAGUCCAUUGUAUUCCUAUUGUGUGCUGCAUCCAAUGGUAUACCUUGUUUGCAUCAAAGUUCCAUGGUAUCCUUGCUACCUACCUUAGCACAGCAAAGCCUUUGAGACAGCAAACAUUAGUACAUGCUCAAACCUUGUAUGAGAGGGUGUUACUUUUACACUGUGGUUUGGAGGAGCUAUGAGUGAGUGCAUGUGUGACGGUGCUGGUUGUGGUGGGUGUUUUUGUUUUUGCAUGGUCACUGUGAUGUCUUGACAAUCUUCCCCUUUUGAAUGGAUCUCUAAUGUCAGGUAGUGUUGCUCCCUGCCCCUGUCUGUCUUUUGCUUGCACACAUGCAGAAAGAAAACAAUCAUAGUAUUGUCAGUUAUUGAUACGGCCUGUCACAAUCAUGAAAUUUUAGCUGAUGAGUAAUUGCCAUAGAAAUAAUUACAAUGAACAGUUUAUUCGUCUUUUAUUCGUCUUUUGUCUUCAACUACUAGUACAAGCCUAAAGCAGCCAGUAGGCUGGUUAGUAGGGGUGCAAAAUGAUGUCGAAAUCGUGUCUGUAUCAGCAGAUAUUUGCUUUGAAAGGAAAUAUCGGCAUCGGACAAAUGUUUAGGUUUGACCAAUAUUUUAAUUUCACUUGUGUCUUAUACUCUGGAAGAACAGAAUGUUUAGCCAACACUGGGUCACAGCACUAAAAGAUCUGCAUUUUAUUAAUUUUACUGCAUUUAUAGCCCAUUAAAAAUAAAUGUUAUAUUUCUCUGAAGUGCUAUUUCAGAUAGAAGUAGCCCCAGGUUCUACAUUUUAUAAAUAUUUAUGUAUCUGCAUUAACAAGUAUGUACAUGGAAGAUAUUGGGUAUUGGUAUCAGCCUAAAAUUCCUAUAUUGGUGCAUCCCUGCUGAUUUGCCAUCUUGCUUCUUAGCUGUUACUUAGUAGCUACCAGCUGAUGACAGAGACGAAUAAACUAACAUUACUUAGCUCUGCCUUCACACGGUAUUGAAGCACCAGUCGGAAGAUUGUUGUUGUUUAAGACAUGCCAUGUCUUGAUAAAUGUGUUUUCUGCUUUCUGUAGUGUACAUGCAUUUGCCUCAACCCAACUGAUGAAAGCGCACCCAAUUCAUAUUCUGUUUUUGUCGUAAACAUAGAAUUUUGAAAGCUAAGAACUGUGGGAAAUAGGCUCAGACUUACAGCUUUAAACUUAAGUAAUUGCAAUCAGCUCAAAUUAUGUAAUAAUUGUGACAGACCUAAUUGCGUUCAUUUUUUAUCGCUGUGCAAUUGUUUCAGCACCCAGUCCUUUUGUGAUUUGCAGAGACCAAAAUGUUUUCCUACAUAUUUUCCAUGUUGGCAAAUAAACCAAUGCACUUUUCUUUGCUAAUAACAUCAGGCACUUGAUUUUCAUCCAUGUUCCAAUCUAGCUGUUCUACUGGGAAAGCGUACUCAGGCCAUACGUCUGGAAGACUAUGCUACUAUGCUGCUGGCCAUCUAUGCUAAGUGCUUCCCCAUUUGUAUGUUUGUGUGUGUGUGUUUGUGUCUCUAACCAAUAACUGUGAGAUGCUGAUUUGGAGGGAGGGAUUUAAGAGAGAUGGGCAUGAUUUUGGGCUCUAAAAUCCAUCUCCUCAGUUCAACUGCAUGAGCUCUUUAGUGUCAGCUGCCAGUGGAAAUGUUCUUGGUGCUUCUUGUAAUGUGUUGUGGCUAAAUUAAAUCAGGUGCUGGCAUGAAAAUAUCAGUCUGCUCACCUCUCAGCAAAGCCCUUUAGACUAUUAUUCGCACACGGUAAUACUGUGGCAAGGUGAAGAUAAAUGUUUUAUUUUUAGUUGCCUUACACAGAACAGCAGAAAGAAAUGUCUUGCUUUUUUAACGAGCAGAGACAGAAUAUGCAUGCAGUGCAACUUCAAACUUGAGUUAGUUUGUAUGAAAUUGUAAUCCAAAUAAUAAAGUUUAGUUUAAUAUGGUAAAACAGGGAACUGCUCACAAAUUAAUUUGAGCUUUCGAAUUAGUGUUUUUAAUAUUCGAAUUGAAUUUCAGUAGUUAGUCAAAAAGAAAGAAACUGGCAGCACACAACAGCACAGGUAACUACGAAAUGUAUAAAGAAUAGAAUAUUUUUUCAUGAAAUAAACCUAAGAUGCUUUUAGUUUUGUAUAGUGAGGAGUCUUGUGAAAACAAGCUUAUUUUCUUGAAACGGGCGUCGUCCACAAAUUUGUUUCCCUGUAGGACAAUGGCUGUGGAUGUCAACUGUUCCUCACAUUCAGAGUUGUAUUCUGUGAUAAAUAUUAGUGUUUUCUUUGUUUGUUUUUUUUAAUGUUGGAAACAAUGUUGUGGACUGUUGCUAUGCAUCGUGUUGUAUUCAUAAAAUGUCUAGUACAAUAUAUUCACUGGCAACUUGUCUUAUUGUCUUGUGAAAAUGCAAACAAUAUGCAUGAAUCUGUUUCACAGUCCUGAUAUUUCACUUUGUCCAUUUCCUUAUGUUUUUCCUUUCACUGUAACCAGAUUAAAUGUGCAGUGGAUAUUGAGAGAUGAAUGUUGGAGUGCAUACAGUGGCAGUUGCCAAAAUAAUGGAAACACUUGAGUAAAUGAGGGAUACAAAUGACAUUGAGGCCGGUGAAAAAUAAUGUGAGCCACACAUAAUACAAUUCAAUCCAACUGGAGAAUCUAGAGCAGAUUUCACGAGAUGUUCCGUGAUAUGGUGUUUCUAGGAUAAUAGAAAACCCUGUUUCAGUGGUUAUGCUGGAUUCCACCAUGAUUGUCCCAAGUUGUGUUCAUCUGCAAAAGGUCCCAUCGAAAUACAACUGCUUUAGGUUUCUACAUUAGAAUCCCUCAUUUAUUUAUGUGUUAUCAUUUCAAAGGCACUUACCAGAAAAUCAGUGAUUGGUGGAUAGAGGACCAAUGCUUUCUAAUUACACCAGUUUUCCAACUCCAUCUUCUGUGCAGGGAGCCUAAAUUCUGUAUUAUUGCUAGAUGUGGUUCUGAUUUUGUUGUCUUUUCAUGGUUGUUUUACAACACUGUGCCAAAUGCUUUAGCAAAGUUCAGUUCCUUUUCCAUAAAACCUCAUUUAGUCAUUUAUGAUCUUAAGUCAUGUAUUUAAGAGCAGGAAGAACACAAAAAAGUGCAUUGCAUGUGGCUCCCAGCACUGGGAUUGUGAACCACGGUUACACUUCAUAUCAGUUCAUUUUAGUUCUGUCCUUUGGAACCACCAGUCAGUUCAUAUUAUUGUUCUGCAUGUGGCUCUUGAAGCAGGUUAACAUGGACUGACUGUGGUCACAGUGCACUGUUUAGGGAACCUGUGGACUCUGUUAGUGCUACAAAGCUUAUAUGGAUGCCCUCAAAUGAUAAUGAUCUUGAGCUCUUAGUAAAUUCUAAAAAUGCAAAAACUUAAAAUUGAUGCUUUGUGCAAUGUAAUGGUGCAACAUUAUGCAAUUGACAGAGAUGGAUGAGUCCAGAACUGUAAGGUAACAGAGAACCUGGCAAACAAAAUGAAAAAUCACAGUGAUUAAAUGUUUUAUAUUUCAUGUUUCCCACGCAUGCAAUCCUCACAUUUUUCAAAUCCUUCGAAUAAAAGGGUUUCAGUGGCCUUGUGCCAUCUUUAGCCGUAUCUUCUCGUCAUUGUCUGUCGGUGGUGUUGGUUUUAUCCUUGUGUAGGCUUAUGAUUAUUAAGUGGCUAAAUAUGUAGUUAUUUUUUGUAUAAUUCUUAUGGCAAUAAAAACAUUUAACAUUAAA